CAUCCCCCUCAAGACAAGAAGUCUAUCGCAGGAAUUUCCAUACAACCAACAAACAAGUCACUUUGAUUGCCAGAAGAUUCACCUAGUUAUCUGACCCUUAGAACAGCAGCUAUGACCGCAUUACUCUCUGGAGUCGGCCUCAAGGUUAGGUCUUUGUUUAAAAGCCAGAAGCCUCUUGACACGUGGGUUAAAACUGCCACUACUGAUGACGUACAAAAAGCCCUUACUGAAAUCUUUAUCAACGGCAACGAGGAACAAAAUUUUGGGCCCGCUCUUACACCCACCGAGCUCUCUACUUUCAAAAAGAGCUUCCAGUCUCUCUCUCCAGCUGAUACUGGAAUCUCUGAAUGCCUCAGCUUCUACGCUGGAUACCCUUUUCAACCGUUACCGUUGCCGCUUUCGAGCGAUAGCCUGCUUCGCGCGGUGGUGGCGCUUACAGGGAGAGAUGAGAAGGCUUUAGAUCGCAGAGACGUGGUGAGAAGAGGAGGGGAAGAUAAAGUCUUGAAGCGGGGAAGGACUCAAGACGACAAGCUAAGGUUACUUUUUUGUGCUCUCUCGGGUGGAGAGCCAACACAGGAGGAUAUCCUUGAUGUGCUUUCCCUCGUGCAACCUCGUCCCGACAUGAUUUACGGACCCUGGGGACAUGAACAGCUUCGUCCUAUGGCUGCAAGAUUGGCGCCUCAAAGUCCCACGGCUACAUCCGCGACUAAGGAGCUCGGGAUUCCGAAAGAGAAACUUGUUGCGUUCAUGAAGGCGGUUGACUUCGAAGGUCCAACGGUCGAGGGGGAUGUUAUUAGUUUAGAGAUGUUUAAGAACAUAGCCAAUGAGAAGCCUGGCUUCCUUGAUGCUGUGUCCCGAAAAGCUGGUAUAUUCCUUUCGAAUCCUUAAAGGAUCAGGAGAGAAGAAAGUCUGUCCUGGAAGUUUCUCUAGUCUAAAUAGCAAAGGAGUAAUCUGAAUGGCAGCAUAACGACUCUGGAUUGACGACUAAAUGCAUGUAUAUAUUUAUAUAAGGUUACUAGCGAUGAUGGUGUAUUACACACUGAGAAUUAGAUGCCGCGGUG